UCCUGCGCCUCCAGUGCGCUGCGCUGCGCCGCCCGCUCCACAUCUGCACAGAGAGACGCGGAGUGAAGAGGACGAGAGACACAUGAGAGACACAUGAGGGACAUGAGGAGAUAUUGUUGGCACACAGUCAUCCAAACCUCGAAGAUCACACGCAGCAGCUGCAGAAAGGAAGAGUCGGAGUGACCGGUUCACCAGAGAGCGGAGGCACCAUGGGCUGUGUGGGCUCAAAGAAGGAGCAAGAGAUUCACAGCAAAGACACGGAUCGAGAUGAGCAGCAGAACCGAGCGCAGGCGGCCCACUACACCAAAGACCCCACCACAGGGAGCUCAGCAAACAAAGCUAACAAAACUCAGUCCAAUUCAUACGGAGAGAGUAUAGCCAUGGCACUGUUCGACUACGAGGCCAUUCACGAUGGAGACCUUGGCUUCAAGAAGGGAGAUAAGCUCAAGAUCUUGGAGGAAAUGGGAGAGUGGUGGAGAGCGAUGUUAGUCAGCACGGGUCAGGAAGGCUACAUCCCCAGUAAUUAUGUAGCCAAAGAUACGCUGGAGGUGGAGGAGUGGUUCUUUAAGGGCGUGAGCAGGAAAGAUGCCGAGCGGCAGCUGCUGGCCCCAGGGAACAAAGUAGGAUCCUUCAUGAUCCGAGACAGUGAGACCACCGUGGGCAGCUAUUCUCUAUCCGUGAGGGACCAGGACGCCCAGGCCGGCGGAUCAGUCAAACAUUAUAAGAUCCGGACUCUGGACAACGGAGGAUUCUACAUUUCACCCCGCAUCACCUUCAGCACCCUGCACGAGCUGGUCAGCCAUUACAAGAAGCAGGGAGAUGGUCUCUGCCAAACCCUGACCAACGCAUGUCUAAGUCCCAAACCUGAGAAACCCUGGGAGAAAGACGCCUGGGAAAUCCCUCGAUCUUCUCUCAAACUGGACAGGAGACUUGGUGCAGGCCAGUUUGGAGAAGUCUGGAUGGCUACGUACAAUAAGCACACCAAAGUUGCAGUGAAGACCAUGAAGCCUGGCAGCAUGUCUGUGGAGGCGUUCAUGGCUGAGGCAAACCUGAUGAAGUCCAUUCAGCACGACAAACUGGUCCGACUGCAUGCUGUGGUCACCAAGGAGGAGCCCAUCUACAUCAUCACUGAGUUCAUGGAGAAGGGUAGUUUGUUAGACUUCUUAAAGAGCGAUGAAGGAAACCGCAUCACUCUCCCCAAGCUCAUCGACUUCUCUGCUCAGACUGCAGAGGGCAUGGCCUACAUCGAGCAGAGGAACUACAUCCACAGAGACCUGAGGGCAGCCAACAUCCUGGUCAGCAAAGCAUUAGUGUGCAAAAUAGCUGACUUUGGCCUCGCUCGGAUCAUUGAAGACAACGAGUACACAGCCAGAGAAGGAGCCAAAUUUCCCAUCAAAUGGACGGCACCAGAGGCCAUCAACUACGGAUCCUUCACCAUCAAAUCUGAUGUCUGGUCCUUUGGCGUCUUAUUGACUGAGAUUAUCAGCUAUGGACGCACACCAUACCCAGGGAUGACCAACCCAGAGGUGAUCCGGUUCCUGGAGAAGGGAAGCCGAAUGCAGCGCUUGGAAAACUGGCCCCGGGAACUCUAUGACAUCAUGCUGGAGUGUUGGAAGAACAAGCCGGAGGACCGUCCCACCUUUGACUACCUGCAGAGCGUCCUGGGAGAUUUCUACACAGCCACAGAGAGCCAGUACCAGCAGCAGCCAUGAGACGCCAUGUCUCCUGUGACAGUAUCGUUUUCGUCAUAAUUAGUAGCAAGUGCAAUCUUUUACAUGCAGGAGCUGCAGUCUCUCUUUCUGCUUGUCAAUCAUACGUACGUGGUCAUUGUAUCUUAUGGUGGCUAAUUGAAAAAGCUACUCCAAGCCACCAGCGGUUAGGUGAAGUAACCAACCCAAAUACAGUUAAAGCACACAGCAGGAUAGUGUAUACUUUCCCAUAUUAUAAACCGGGUUCCCACAGGUCCUUGAAAUCCUUGAAAGUUCAUUUGAUAUUUAGGUAAAUGUUUCCCUUGUUUGUUAUGAAGCAACUGCUGUUUCGUGGCCUGCAUCACUUGGUGUACGUAGACGAGGCCGACGCAGAACAAACGUCGAGUCGUAAAUGGGAUUCCAUGCAGAACAAUGAGUGAGCAACGUUACGCAAGAGAGAGCAAAUGGCAUGAUGUCUGGGAAAUGAAAAUUCCAAGAUCUCUGUCUCACCAAAGAGAAUGACAAAGACUGACUUUGACCAAGAUCCCAAGGACAAUCACUCGUCCAGAUGCAGAGCGUGCUGCAAAUCAAUAAAAGUGGACGCCAUGGACGAGUUACCCUCCCAGCUCAAGCUGUGUCAGCACAUUCAGUGUUUUGGUCCUGGAAAGUGCUUGAAACAUCCUUGAAUUUUCUACCAAGGUGUGGGAACCCUGUAUAAAUUAUUCUGAUUGACUUUUCAAUAUAAACAAAACAAUUUUAAACAUUGUGCAAGGUCACUGACCCUAAACUAGGCCUGACCCUAAAGAUGUUUCCAUUGGGCUCUUUAAAUCUAACAUUUUUGUAAUUUUACCAAAAGAAUAAGCAAAGAAAAAUAUAUCAUUAUUUGUUAAUAUUGUGAUACCACAGUCCUACCUCAUACUUGGGUAUGGUGUGCAACACAGUCAAUACUGUAAGUGUUGAUGUUCUGUAAAGGUUUGGUCAUCAGUUGAUACGACUUCAUUAGGUGGAGUGGAUGUUUUGUUUUUUGUUUUUUAAUCAGUCUUUAUGAAUCCUGUAGAUGGGUGCAUACUGUAUGUGUUACAGUUAUAAUCUUUGGGAUUCUCACCCCAACUGGUUGGGGCAGAUAAUCCACCAGCACUUGGCUUCUGUCUGUUAUGUAAACAAAUACAAUCAGCAUCCACUCCCGGGUCAGACGCCUCUGUGAUUGAGGUGCUUUUAUUGACGCCAGUGCCGAUCAGCAGUAAUGUGGGAAUUUUCUUUUCUUUCAUCUUUAAAUGUACUAAGUUUAUUUUGACAGUCUAGUUGUGAAUCCUUUCACACUUUGUGUUUAUCUUUAAUAUUGUAUGUUUGUUUCCUUAUUUUAGUCAAAGGAAGGGUCACUGGCUGUGUUUGUUUUGGCUAAGGACCCAGACAAUCCACUCAUGUGCCAACAGAACCUGCUCCAUUGCUCUGCCGUCGCCCGCCAUACCAUUUCUGUUCAGUCAAUAGCAUUUGAGGACACCUUUGAAGACCUGUCUUCAUAACAUAGAGUUCCAGUAGCUGACGUCAAUCCAGGUACGCAACAGAUGGAAACAAGGCGCGCAUUGUGGCAGGAAGCCGCGAUAUUUAAAUCUAUUGAUCCAUAAGCAAUACCAGGCAAUGUGCAAGGAAACUAUUCACCGCUUGUGUUCAUAAAGGGGGGGUGGAGUGGCUCAGUGGUUAAGACCGGUACCCUGUGUGCCAAAGACAUCAUGGUCGCAAUGGUCGCAAGAUUGAUUCCACCCCUGGCUGAUUGUACUCAAUUCCAUUGUAAGUCGCUUUAGAUAAAAGCGUCUGCGAAAUGACAUGUAAUGUAAUGACAUGUAAUAUAAUGUAAUAAAAAGUGAAGGUGGCAGAUUGUUCUUGUGCCCUGGGCUGCCACAACAGUUGGGGCCACACAAGCAAGUUCCCUUUCACUGGAUCACAGCCAUAAAAAGCCAUCAAAUGUGCUCAAAGUGAGCAUAGAUGAUGGAGAGAUGUGAAUCCACAGGCAAAGGACUUCAUAUCGAUACAGAAUCCAAUGUUUCUUAUGAAGUACUGCAGGUAUCGUGUCUGUUCCACCAGCUGUGUACAUGAAAGGAGUCAUGACAAGGCUCAGUUAUAUCAGGUAUACAUCAGAUUCAACGUGCACACUGAACUCUGCACUGGCGCUGUUCGUUUGUGUAGAGGCUUUUCCUGCCAACAUGGCUGUGUAAACACACUGAGUCACAUGACGUCUGGAGCUCUGUAGACUCAGGAGGUCAAAAUAUCCAUAAACCUGUUCAACUGUAAAAAGUACCUAUAAGCAGUGACUAGACUGUUAAAUGUACAGAGUCCGGUGGACUUCACAAAGUGCAAGACAAAUAGCUGAUUAUGCUUAUAUCUUUAAUUUAUAUUAUAUUAUAUAGAUUGUUCUUAUUUCAGCAUUACUCCUUGAAUGUGCCUUUCAUAGGGGUUGUUUCUGUCAGAAUAAACAUUUACAAAUGAUUCCAUAUGCUCUGUAUACAGAGACUGAUGCACAUAGGGAAAUACAAGGAUUUAGGAUUUGGGAAUUUAGGGGCAUUUCAAGGUACUUUGGGGACCCAGGUAAGGGGGGCCUGGGGGGAGGGCCCUUUACUGAGGUUUAUUAACUUCAUUAUUAUCAUUAUUAUUGUUACUAUUUUACUUCCUGAAGCAUGACAGCACUGAGUGAAUCAUAUGUAUGGAAGUCCACAUGAGACAAUGGCUUUCCUCCAUUAUAAUUGAUUGCACAAUUAAAAUAUUAUCUAAAUAUGUUUAUUUCCAAAUGUACAAAUACAAUUGGUGUUACAAAGACAGCAUAUGUGUUAUGUUAGCUCAAUUGAAUUGACAUUAACUAAUAAUGUUUGCUGAUUCUCCUCGCCCAUCAAAUGUCAUAAUAGAGAGAUUAUGAUGUGACACACAUUUCACAUGUUCUGGUCUUAUUUGUGUAUUUGUGCACUUACCACUGCAGUGAACAUCAUUGUAUGUUGAGCUAAUGAGUGAUUGUUUUGUUGAACUCAUGAAUAAUAACCAUGCUAUUAUGUUUCUACGCUUUUGUUUUCAGCAUAUUGUAAAUAUAAGAGUUAUAAGAGUUAUUGCACAGUCACGCACUGCUGAAACGAUAAUGUGUUGAAGAUAUAAAAAUAAUGAAUUCAAAGAACUGAGGAGUGACAAUAUUGAAUGAAUGCCCAGUGCUGUACAUAUAUUCAUUAAGGUAUAUUUUCUUUGUCAGUGUUUAUCUUUGUGCUUGAUUAGACUCUGAUUUACUUUAAGACUGUGAUUUUCUUUUCAAAUAAAUCAUUUUAA